AUGGCCACCCCAUCCGUGGUGACGAUCCAGCCACAGUACGGUGUGGUUGUGCCCACUGUCUCAAGGAACGUUUGGCAGACGGGGCUGAUGGACUGCUGCAGCGACUGCGGUGUCUGCUGCUGCGGGAUGUUCUGCUUCCCCUGCCUUGCCUGCCAAGUGGCCAGUGACAUGGGUGAGUGCUGCCUGUGCGGGACCAGCGUGGCCAUGAGGACCCUCUACCGCACCAGAUACAACAUCCCGGGGUCCAUUUGCUCUGACUUCUGUGUCACCAUGUGGUGCUCUAUGUGCUCUGUUUGCCAAAUGAAGAGAGACAUCAACCGGAGGAGGGAGCUGGGCGUGUUCUGGUAA